AUGUCAACAACAAUAACAACAGCACCAGCUGCUCCAUUGAUCUGGACUGAAGUCUUGUAUGAAGGUGGAUUAGAACGAGAACCGCGGGCAGUAGUUCGAUGGUUAACUGUUGCUGUGUGUAUUAUUGGAGUUGUAGGUAACAUAUUGGCUGUAUGCACACUGUUACGCCGUCGAAUGCGUCAUUUAUCCACUCAUGCUUAUUUAACAGCAUUAUGCAUAUCAAAUACAUUAUCGUUAAUAUUUAUCAUCACUUUUGAACUUGAUGUUCUAUUUCAACCAAAUCGUUUCUUCUGCAUUCUACUAUCAGUUUCAAAGGCAAUGGCACUUAGCAUGUUGGCAUUGUCCACGUGGUGA